AUGUCCCUCACUCAACUCUCUCAACAUCGAUUCAUCGCAGGCGGCGAAAAUCCCGCGCAAUGUUUUCAGCGUUAUGGCCAGCCUCUCUCGCAGUUGUGUUAUGCCCUUGUCGAAACUGACCCUGACGGUAUUCAGUUUGUACGCUGGAGCAAAAUCCAGCAGCUCUACGAUCGAGAAGGCAAAGUCAAGUUUGUAGUCGAUGGCAACGAUCAUGUUCCCUUGGCUGUCGGGCCCGAUAUGCAGAUCAUCGUGCCUUGGAGGAUACAAGCAUUCCUCAACAAAACCUUACAGGUCGCUUUGAACGACGAACAACCUGGAUGCCUCGACCCCAAGACACCCGCAGACGUACACCCAAUUGCGACAACUGACGAGAACGUAGAAUCUGCCAAGACAAAGAGCGCCACUGACGACAACAGCGACAUCGAGAGCACCAUGGACCACGACUCUUCCUCAUUUCCGAACCUGGCUCCAUUCUCCGUUGUAGUGUCAUCUCACAGGCGCGCCUCCACAUACCCUAUCACGAGUGGCCUCGAGGCCCGUGUCAACCAAUCAUUAUUAGAGCCGCAUGAUGCAACACCAAAAGGCCCAGCCCUCCAAUCCUUCCGCUCAGUCUACAUCCUCGACGCGUUCGGCAACCCCGCACCUCCCUCCGUCAGCAUCAACAUCAACGCUCGUUUUGACAAUCAGCUCCAACACCACAUUGUCCUUUGGAAUGACAUCCUUCGGGUCUUCAGGAAUGUGCUUUACAUUCAGGCAGAUGGCGCGUUGGUGUCUUUUUUGACGAACGAUAACUUUGGAGAUCUGAUGUGUCUCAGAAUAGCACACCACCAAGAAUCCAACUCGACGAGUACCAACACUACCACCUACUGUGAUUCUUACUUCCGCAGCGGUGCCAGUGAACACUCCCCCAAUUCUGACAGCACAGUUGCGCACAUCCAUACCCAUAACAACAACAACAACAACAUCAACGGCAACAACCUCUUCACUUCGGGACACCAAAGGAUCUACAGCAACGCAACCCAUAGACACUCUCACGGAGCCAGUACCUCGAGUACUGACGACCAAGAAAAAAUGGGACAAGCUCGAAACAUUGCUCAAGCGGUCACAGAAGGAACUCCCAGCUCGCCAACCCAACCUACCAGGAGCUCCCAUACCCAAGCAAGAUGCGAUUCCAGCAAACAUGCCCAAGCAUUGGUCACCCCUAUUACUGGUACGAAGACCACGGCAGCAGCUACCAUCGCUGGCAGUCGCCCCAUUUCCAUGAAGUUGGCAGCACCAGCAGCAACAGCACGACCCGCCCACAGGCAUGAUUCGAUCCCAAGGACAUCAACCAAGCACCCCAGGAAACCCAGGACCGGGUCCAGGGCUACAGACAAGUUCCGGUUCUUUUGGAUGUGCGAGUUUGUCGAUCCCGCCCAGACUCCUGUCAUGGGUGGUGGAGUUGGCGGGUUGGCGCCACAUGUGGGACAUCAUGGAGGGUAUGAUCUGGUCCAUCCUGAAGAAUUCUUCCGCAAGCACCGAGCGGCACUUCUGCUCAACCUACAGAUGUUCAAGUUCAGCACCAAAAGAACCAGCACCGCUGUCGUCAACGGAGGCGGAGGAAACAAAGGAGAGUUAUCAAUCUACAACCAGGGGAUUGCCUUCUUGCAUAUGUCGAUGAAGUUGGGCUGGGAAGAGAUUGAGCUCUACUUGGACUUGAUGAUCAGCCACCUGGAGCAGUUGUCCUCGAAGGUCACCGACAAGAUCCAGGAUUCACAAAAGGCGGGAGGAAGAGGUGGCCAGGAGCAGUUGCCGAUCUUGAGCGACAAGGAGUUGAAGUCGAUCCAGUCCUACCUGAUCGCGACUACCUCCACAGAUUCAGGAAUCGACCAACUCCACAACCAGUACCGAUACGUCGACUCCCAGGGCCAUUGCAAUGGAUCUGCCUGA